AUGUUCCAAUCGUGCUUUGUUGUGUUGGCGAUGAGUGUGUUGGCGUUGAUGAUCAAUGCGCGGCCGCAAAUGGAGAGCGCGGCCGCUGGCGGCUUGGCCAGCGGCCAGAUCGGCUCCAUGGGGACGAAUGGCCAAGUUGGCUCGUCCCAGCCGAUUGCUGACGCUGGACAAAAUGUUGGAGGCGGUGGAAUGAUGUCGGGUGGAGGUGUGGGCUCCGGUGGAGCCGGACCAGCGCCUGGAGUAACGAGCGGAGGAGCGGUGGGCUCCGGAGCAACUGGGAUGUCUGGCGGAGGAGCUGGAACCAUCGGACAAAGUGGCUUGUGA